AUAGGUAUUUAAGCUACGUCUUCCUUUCUUUAUUACAUUUUUCCUUCCUAGCUGUAUUAAUGCAACCAGUUACCUCCUACUACAAGUCUUUGUAUUCCAAACUACGCCCUUCAUAAUGAAGUUCCUUACCGUCUUAGUGCUAUUUGCAGUUGGUACCCAAGCCGGUAUGAAAUGGUGCCACUGCGACAACGGAGCAAGGGAUCACUUAGUGCAAGACACUCAUAACACAUGCCGUACAGUGCACUCAAAAAUUAUAGAUGACUGGUGCUACACUCAUGCUACUGAGGAAACCUUUAAAAAUGUAGGUUGUAUACUGUGGUCAUCAAACUUAUCCUAAUGAUUAUAGACAUGCAAGAGCAAGAGCUGCACAUGCAAGGAAUACAACAGAGCUUAAUACAUCUAUAUCAACCCAACAAGUUACAUGCGACGCCGCCUUACUCAAGUAUUCUCCGUCGGAACGCGUCAAGAUACGGCCGUCCGUGUACAACCAUUGGCUGAACCCAUCCAUCGACCCACCCUAUGCCCCCCUGCCUGACUUGGAAAUCUCGACGCGCUCCCUAGGGUCUCUCAUUGGCUGAUACUACAGUCACACCCCCCACCCAAACAUUAACCCCAUUACUCUUACCACAAAUAGAUCUAUAAAUUUAUUAAAUUAUAUUACAAGAC